CCACGGGCUCGGAUCAUGGCGCUGCCGCGGAUCCUGCGGGCAGCCGCCCCCCGGCUCUACAGCAGCCUCCCGGCCCCGGUGCCGGUCCCAGCCCCGGCCCCAGCCGCCCGGUCCCCCGGUCCCGCUGCGGGUGACGGGCUGCUGAGCGAGCCUCUGAGCCACCCCGACUUCUUCAACGUGAAGGAGCUCUUCUCCAUGAAGGAUCUCUUCAAUGCCCGGGUGCACCUGGGGCACAAAAAGGGCUGUCGGCAUAGGUUCAUGGAGCCCUACAUCUUCGGCUGCCGCCUGGAUCAGGACAUCAUCGACUUGGACCAGACGAUGGAUCAUCUCCAGCUGGCCCUCAACUUCACCGCCCACAUCGCCUACCGCAAGGGCAUCAUCCUCUUCAUCAGCCGCAACCGCCAGUUCUGCCACCUGGUCGAGAGCACGGCAAGGGAGUGCGGGGAGUACGCGCACACGCGCUACUGGCAGGGCGGCCUGCUCACCAACGCCCACAUCCAAUUCGGGUCCGGCGUCCGCCUGCCCGACCUCAUAAUCUUCCUCAGCAGCCUCAACAACGUCUUUGAGCCCCACGUGGCCAUCCGGGAUGCCGCCAAGAUGAACAUCCCCACGGUGGGGGUGGUGGACACGAACUGUAACCCCUCCCUCAUCACCUACCCCAUCCCCGGGAACGACGACAGCCCCAGCGCCAUGGAGCUCUACUGCAAGCUCUUCAAGAUGACCAUCAUUCGUGCAAAGGACUACAGGAAGCAGAGGGAGGUCUUCCACAAGCUCCAGAGCAAAGAAGAGGACAAUUAGAGCCACUUCGUGCUGGCUGAGGGACAGACAUGACUGUGCCCAGCAGCUGGAAAUGGGUGUCCUGCUCUGCUCCCAUGGCUGCUGCACCCACAGCAUCGCUCUGGUCCUGCACCCAGAGCUCUGCUUUCAGCAGAGCAGUGCUGAGGGAUGUCUCCAGCUCAGAAAUAGUUUGGCUGGAGCGUUCUGAGGGGAGACGGAGCAGGGCCAGUCUCAGCUCUGUCCUUGUUUGGCCCUGUUGCAAGGAGGCACCUCUGUCCUGAGGCCGUCCUGUUCCUGAGCUAAUGGUCUGGCAUGAAACCAUGCGUAUCGCGCACCUCUUUUUGUGACAAAUAAAGGGUUUUGAUCCUUU